AUGGCCUCAGAAAGCUUUGAGUUCCAGGCUGAGAUCUCUCAACUGCUCUCCCUCAUCAUCAACACCGUCUACUCCAACAAAGAGAUCUUCCUUCGAGAACUGAUCUCCAAUGCCUCUGAUGCCCUUGACAAGAUCCGAUAUGAGGCUCUGUCAGAUCCCAGCAAGCUCGACUCGGGCAAAGACCUCCGAAUCGACAUCAUUCCCGACAAAGAGUCCAAGACCCUGACCAUCCGCGAUACCGGUAUUGGCAUGACCAAAGCUGAUCUCGUCAACAAUCUCGGUACGAUCGCCCGAUCCGGCACGAAGCAGUUCAUGGAAGCCUUGACUGCUGGUGCCGAUAUCUCCAUGAUCGGUCAAUUCGGUGUCGGUUUCUACUCCGCCUACUUGGUCGCCGACAAGGUCACAGUCAUCUCCAAGAACAACGAUGACGAACAAUACAUCUGGGAGUCUAGCGCAGGCGGCACUUUCACCAUCACUCAGGAUGACAGUGGUGAGCAGCUUGGCCGUGGCACCAAGAUCAUUCUUCACCUGAAGGAUGAACAGACCGACUACCUGAAUGAGUCGAAGAUCAAGGAAGUCGUCAAGAAGCACUCCGAGUUCAUCUCAUACCCCAUCUACCUUCACGUACUCAAGGAGACUGAGAAGGAAGUCCCCGAUGAGGAUGCUGAAGAGGUAGAGGAAGACGAGGAGAAGAAGGCCAAGAUUGAGGAGGUCGACGAUGAUGAGGAAGACAAGGAGAAGAAGCCCAAGACCAAGAAGGUCAAGGAGUCCAAGAUCGAGGAGGAAGAACUCAACAAGACCAAGCCCAUCUGGACCCGCAAUCCCUCGGAUAUCACGCAAGAAGAGUAUGCUUCCUUCUACAAGUCGCUGUCAAACGACUGGGAAGACCACCUUGCCGUCAAGCACUUCUCCGUCGAGGGUCAGCUUGAGUUCCGCGCCAUUCUCUUCGUUCCCAAGCGCGCUCCCUUCGAUCUCUUCGAGACGAAGAAGACCAAGAACAACAUCAAGCUCUAUGUCCGCCGCGUCUUCAUCACCGACGACGCUACCGACCUGAUCCCUGAGUGGCUUGGCUUCAUCAAGGGUGUCGUCGACUCUGAAGAUCUUCCCCUCAACUUGUCUCGCGAGACCCUCCAACAGAACAAGAUCAUGAAGGUCAUCAAGAAGAACAUUGUCAAGAAGACCCUUGAGCUCUUCAACGAGAUCGCCGAGGACCGCGAGCAGUUUGACAAGUUCUACUCUGCCUUCAGCAAGAACAUCAAGCUCGGUAUCCACGAAGACUCGCAGAACCGCCAGGCUCUCGCUAAGCUUUUGCGAUUCAGCUCCACCAAGUCUGGUGAGGAGACCACUUCUCUGUCCGACUACGUCACCCGCAUGCAAGAACACCAGAAGCAGAUCUACUAUAUCACUGGUGAAUCAAUCAAGGCCGUUCAGAAGUCUCCAUUCCUCGACUCCCUGAAGGAGAAGAACUUCGAGGUCCUCUUCUUGGUUGAUCCCAUCGACGAGUAUGCCAUGACUCAGCUCAAGGAGUUCGAUGGCAAGAAGCUUGUCGAUAUCACCAAGGACUUCGAGAUGGAAGAGACCGACGAGGAGAAGAAGGAACGUGAGAAGGAAGAAAAGGAAUAUGAAAGCCUGGCCAAGAGCCUGAAGAAUAUUCUCGGCGACAAAGUCGAGAAGGUCGUUGUCUCCCACAAGCUUGUCGGUUCUCCUUGCGCUAUCCGUACCGGCCAAUUCGGUUGGUCAGCCAACAUGGAGCGCAUCAUGAAGGCUCAAGCUCUCCGUGACACCUCCAUGUCCUCGUACAUGUCUUCCAAGAAGACGUUCGAGAUCUCCCCCAAGUCCCCGAUCAUCAAGGAGCUCAAGAAGAAGGUUGAAGCUGACGGCGAAAACGACCGCACUGUCAAAUCAAUCACUCAACUGCUCUUCGAGACCUCUCUGCUUGUUUCUGGCUUCACCAUUGAAGAGCCCGCCAGCUUCGCUGAGCGCAUUCACAAGCUUGUCUCUCUCGGCUUGAACGUUGACGAGGAGGCUGAGACUGCUGAGGAGAAGGAGGUCGAAGAGGCUGCUCCUGCCGAGGCUGCUGGUGAAAGCGCUAUGGAGGAGGUUGAUUAG